ACCCGUAUACGUGUAUGUAAACCAUGGCCCCAAAAACAUGGCCAGUAAUCAAGGCUGGGCUCCGAACUACGAAUGUAAAAAGGAGCGUUACGUCCCCCGUUGAGCUGAAUAAAAUUUGCUUGGCAACGGUGGACGCCAAACGAUUUUACGAAAAACGAAACACGACACACGCAAGGGAUUUGGGUGAAGGAAAAAGCCUACAGGACUACAAGGAUCCUGAUACUCUUUGCAAGAGAGGCAACAUGGCAGCUUCAGGCAUCAAUGAACAUCAUGAAGCCUGCAGAAAGCAAAAUUUCAUCAACAGGCAGACUUUUCAUAAGCAUCUCCUGGAGAGAACGACGCAACGCAGUAAAACAGCAUCAGUAUUUGACGUAUUCAGCAAAGAUCAACGGCCGUCUCUCAUCAACAGAUUAUUCACAGCAGUGGUAAAGCGACCGAUCAAGUUCUCAAGAAGGAAGAAAAAGAAUUUGUCAAUUUGGUUAUUUUUUCAUUUUGAUCCCUUUUCUGCACAUGUUGUAAACCUAUGAGUAUGCAUCAUUAUCUUGAAGUACUGAAAAGUUUUUUUGAAAUUAGUGAGAGGCACAUAAACGCAGAAUGUGGACUUUUAGUUUUAGUCUAAAUAUAAUAAUCAAAACACCUCACUGACAUUACAAAUCAAUAAAAUAAAAGGACAUUCGUUAUUUGUUCUGCAAACUCAAGAUCAAAAGAAUUCAAGUAAUGCAUAAAGAGGCCCUAUCAAAUCCUUCACCUUCAGAACAUAAGCCUCAAUGUCUAAAACAAUGUUUUUAAUAUCAUUCUGGAGAUAUCCCAUGAUACAAACUUCAAGACAAGACAAUCAGAGAAACUUCUUUUUGAAGACUCUUAUUUGAAUUAAAAAGAACUGGUCACAUGUGCAUCAGGUGACUAUAUUAAGUCCCAUUAUGUCUCAUAUUGGGAGAAAAAGGCAUUAUAAAAAUCUCUAAUUCCUGAAAAAUACAAUGAGUAAACAACCACUAGAGAGAGUUUCGUUGAUGCUCUUCUUAAAUUUCACCUUUUUAAUUUUUUUUUAAAAACAACUUUUUCAAUGUCUUGCCCACUUCUUUUUAAAGCUCAAAUUGAGUUGUUUUCUUAUUAUGUGUUACAUAUGUAUUUGAACUAUAGAUGUGAUGAGCUCAAAUUCUAAAAAACAAAAAAAAUCAGCUUUAUGUUUUUAAAGUAACCAAUGAGUGAGUCUAAUACAAUGUUAGAGUAUUUAAAAAAAUUAUAUUUAACUCUGGAUUUGCAAGUACUCCGCCAAAGUCUUUUACAUUGUAAACCAGUAACUCUGUCUUUUCUCUUUUCACCUUUGAAAGAUUUACUUCCUGUCCUGAAAAGUCUCAGAAUCUGUACCUCUUCCCUAAACCCUUCAAAAGUAUAAAAGAAAAAGAUAAGCCCACUUGACAUCUACCGAAUUUUCCAUAACAAAAGAUGGAGGAUAUUUAGGCAUUCUUCUUUGAUGCACUGCAUGGACUGACACAAUUAGGACACUGUUAGUAUGACUGUUAUCUUCUAUAAAGUACUCAGGUGCUUUCAUCUAAAUGCUAUUGUAAUAACCGACUGUUUACUUCCUAACAGAUUCAUCCCAAACCUUCAGUAUAACAUCAUAAGAAAAAAGUGAAGAGGUUCACUCCCCCCCCCCCCCCCCCGCCCCCAAAAAGACAAUAACAAUUAAGUUGUGAAAAAAAUCCCUGAAUCUCACUGAAGCAAGAGCCUUUUUCACUGACAAGUUCUUCUUCAUUUGCAACAUUCUUUUUUAAUCAAAUGCUUUUUAAAUAAUAGAUGUUUGAAAUAAAUCACUGUUAGUAUUAGCUCUGGCACACAAAGAUAUCGCUUUAUAUGUUUUGAAAUCCUAUUAUAAUUUUCUUUGUAACUUUCACAAAAUUGGUAUUAAUCUAAAAGUGCAGCAUAAUCAUUUAGUUUCAAUGCUUAAUUGAAUUUGCAUCAUGUACCCAUAAAACUUAUGAAAUAUCAAUUGCGUGUGAUCUAGUUUAAGACAUAGGUGGAAUUUAAUUUAAUAAGCAUAAUGAGGAAUAACUCAUUUUAAAAGCAGAAGAAAGUAACGGGAAAGGCCUAUCUCGGCAAAUAAGGACAUGUGUUAUAAAAUUGUGGCAAUGGGAUGUGCUCUUUUAAAUUUACCUAUUAUGUUUUGGUAAUUGAUGCAUUGGUGUUCUGAAAUAUUGACCUUUUGUAUGGUCAUUUCCUUCGUGCCUGACCAAUCAGGUCAACUACGGAACCAGUAUUAUUUAUAUAUUUGAGUUUUAAUGUUUAACACUAUAGUCAUAUUUCUUUGCCUGGCUUGUUUGUUUUAUUUUUCAUUUUUUGUUUUUGUUCUUGAUUUUUGUGUGUGUUUAUUUGUUUGUUUUCAUGGACAUUCUUGGAGAAAUUUCUAAAAUAAACUGUUUGAUGUAUCACA